AAAACGAGCGAAUGCAACUGUGCAAGUUCUGUCCAGUUGUGUAGCUCACAAAUUUGUGGAGAUCUCUCUGGUGUCAAUUUCCCUCCAAAAACUUGCACAACCGCCUUCUUUUGCCCAGCUUUGUUUGCCAGCAAAAUUUCAUGUAGAAAUGAUAAUCGACGAAAUAUCAUCGCAGAAUCCCCGGCGAUUCGGCCACGAUGAUCCUCAUUCUCACAUAUGCUCUCAAAUGGAGUUGUCAAUCAAGGAAAUUGAACGGCACUCGCCGGGAAAUCCAUUGCCGGGGACCCUCUCCGCGGAGCUUCAGCGCUGCAUUGUUCAACUAUCUCCGCUCGUACCGCUUCCUAACUCAACCAAGCUCCAGAUAUGGAAACUCAGCUACCGCCUCUGGAACGCCUGCGUCGACCUCUCUAAUGCCGCAGGAGUCAAAUCCUCCGCCUACAAACUGAAUGAAGAACACGCGAAACUACGGCAAGUCUCCGCUGACCUACUUUUCCUCGCUGGAGAUGUAUCUGGUAUUCCUUCACCGGCUUUUAAAACCGCCUCCUUCUUCUACAAGACCGGCCUUAUUUGGCACGAGCUCAGGAAGUACGACCUCGCUAGCAAUUGCUUUGAGAAGGCUACGGAUCUAACAUCAAAAGUCGAAAUCAGUUCGGUUUCAGAUGGCGAAGAAAAAAAGCUUUUAUUAGACAUCAAUAUUGCUCGAUCCCGAACAGCUUGGGAGGUCGCUGAUCGGAAUUUAUGCAUCACUUUAUUAAAUCGUUCGAAGAACCUACUCUUUGGUGUCGCAGAGAACUACAGAGAUUUAGCAAACCAGUAUUUGAUAUUUGCAAGGACACUACUUGCAAAAAACGAAGUUUCAGGAGUGAAUGAAGAAUCAAAAUUGAUGAAUGAAGCACUAGAGUUAUGUGAGAAGGGAUUGAAAAUAGUUAAAAAGAAGGAUGAGACAUUAGCUUUGAAGGAUCUGAAGUCAAAGACACUUAGAUUUAUGGCAGCAUCUCAUUUGCAGAGAGAUGAAUUUGAGAAUGCAUUGAGGUGUGUGAAGUUUUUGAGAAGUGGCGAGAGGGAUGAGCACCCUAGUCUCAGUGUGCUGGCCAUGAAGGCUUGGUUAGGGUUGGGCAGGUUCGGAGAAGCAGAGAAGGAGCUAAGGGGGAUGGUGUUGGAUAAUGGUAUUCCAGAGGGGAUUUGGAUUUCAGCAGUAGAGUCAUAUUUCCAAGCUGUGGGGGCUGCAGGAGCUGAAACAACGAAGGGCGUAUUUUUGGGACUUCUAGGAAGGUGUCAUGUCAGUGCCGGUGCUGCACUGAGGAUUGUUAGUAAGGUGAUUGGAGACGGCGGAUAUGAUGGAAAGGAUGCAAGAGUGAGGGCAAAGGUGGUGGCUGAGCUGGCAUCUGAUGACAGGGUGGUGGAACUCUUCUCUGGAGAGCCAUCUGCCAAGGAGAGGACCGCCAUGCAUGCUAUUCUUUGGAACUGGUAAAUUUACGGAUAUGGACAUUUGUUUGAAUGUUUUAGUGUCGUUUUGGUAAGAGUUGUUUGGAUGAAAUCCGCUGCACUUUUAGAAUUGAAUAAUGUUCUUUGAUAUCCGUUUCAGUAGAAAGCUAUAAAAUUUUCUAGAACCUAUCCAAUUAUGGAGGGAUCCCAACCAAAAGCUACUUAUUCUGAUUACUUUGUUGAUAAGUAGAAUAAGACAACUAAUUUAUGUCACAAAUGGGGCCUUACCUAUCUUGCAUUGCUAUUGUCAUGAGCAGAACGCAGCAUUCUAUGGUAGCUUUACAGUAUUCUACAUCUUUGAAAAUGGUAAGUUUGAAAGAAGUUAGUAGAUUAAUCAGGACCGAAAGAACCAAUUCCUCCAGUCCUUGCUUCAGUAUUCAAGAAUAAUGUGAUUUAGAUAAGUUGUCGCCACUGCUUUGUCUUUUUCCUGGAAACAUUUGAAUAUCAUACUCUUCCAAGUUCAACCAGAGAGUAUCUGGUAGAGAGUUUUGUUCCUUUUAGAUCUUUUAUUUGUGCAUAACCAUACAAGCUACCAUACUUCCCAAACAAGAUAAACAACCAAUAUCAGUGCUCCUAUAAAGAUGAGGCUUAUUCAAUUGUUUAAAUUAUUAAAUCUGUAGUGCUGCUGAACAUUUCCGUUCAAAAGAUUACCAGACCAGCGCAGAUAUUUUUGAGAAAGCUAUGCUUUAUGUUCCUUAUGAUAUGGAGAGUAGAACUCUCAGGGCAAAUGGCUAUAGAGUUUUGUGCCUCUGUCAUCUUGGCCUCUCGCAGCUAGAUAGAGCUGAAGAGUACAUUAAUGAGGCUGAAAAGCUUGAACCAACUAUAGCCUCAGCCUUCCUCAAGUUUAAGGUGUACCUACAGAAAAAAGACAACACUGCUGCCACUUCCCAGGUUAAAGCAAUGUUGAGUUGCCUAGAUUUCACUACUGACUUUCUCUUGCUCGCGGCUCAUGAAGCUACAGCUUGCCAUUCACUUCCAGUUGCCAUUGCUUCUUUUUCACAUAUCUUAGACUUCUAUUCCGCCGGGAAAUCAAUACAAACCUCUGAGGUAGUGAUUUUCCGGACAUUAAUCGAACUUUUAUCUCAAGAUCGUAACAGCGAUUCUGAUAUCCUUAAAAUUGUGAAACGAGCUUAUGCCCGAAUGUGUGAACUUGGACCAAAAGCCUUUUUUGGGAAUGGUGAAGUUGGUAGACGAGAAAGAAAUUGGUUUUCUGUGAGUGCUUGGAAUUCCGGAGUAAGAACUGGAAAGGAGAAAAAGUAUGACUUAUGUGCAGAAUUCUUCAGGUUGGCGUCAGAAUUUUAUAGUGUUGUGACUGAUGAAGAAACAGAGGGGAACACUGUAAUGGUUUGCCAAUCACUGAUAUUGGCUGUAUCUUCCAUUAUUGCUGAUGAGAAGUACAAAAAUGUUACACUAAUGGAGACUGAAGUCAAACAGGCCAUUGCAAUGCUUGCUAGGGUGCAGAAGAUAAUUACGUCAACCGUCGGUGAAAAUGACAAUCUAAUAGCAACUAUUGGGCACGACUUAUUCUUUUCAUACACAUGGUGUGCUUAUGAUCUCUAUGGGAGGCUGGAUGGAAUGGGUCCCCAACAGCUUCUCCUAAUAAAACAGCUGGCCAGCUCAAAAGGCAGCAAUCCAGACCAUCUUCUCCAGAUAGGCCUCGAUGCCGCACAAGGACCACGGUCAAACCACGAAGUAGCAUCGUUAGCACUAAAUGCGUGCCUCUCUGCCCUCCUGGCUGCCCCACUGCCCGACUACACAACCGUCGCCCUCGUCCUCAGAAAACUAAUCUCUCUCGGGACUAUCCGGUUAGGCGAUACAUGUGAUGAUAGUGUAAUGGAAUUGUAUAAGCAAGCAUACAGGAUUAUGGUGGGGCUGAAGGAAGGGGAAUAUCCGGUUGAAGAGGCGAAAUGGCUGUCUAUGACUGCGUGGAACCGGGCAGCUGUCCCGGUGAGGGUGGGGCAUAUAGAUACAGCCAAGAGGUGGAUGAGUAUGGGGUUGGAGCUAGCUAGGAUGGUUCCGGGGAUGGAGACUUAUAAGUCGUGCAUGGAAGAAUUUGUUGCAGGCUUUGGAGAGAAAAUUGAUGGGCAGGGUGAGACUACUAGAAGCAGUGGUUAGUUAGUCAGCUGAGGCUAAUUCUGCUUCUGUAAAGAUUGAUCAAUGGAUGGUCUAGUAUCAAUAGGCUGUGGGGCAUUCAGGCCCGCCUCAGUAUCCUUAGCCUCUGGUUUUGCUAGAUUUGAAUUAGCAUUUAGCACAUAGCUAGAUGAGUUGGAUAGUUUACGCGGUUGAUCUAGUUCUUUACCGUUUAAUUUAGCUAGACGGUGUGGGAGAUAUGGGUGUCAGUCAACAUUAGGGUUAUGAGAAUGAGUGGAAACUCGAAAAUACAGAAUUAGUAGGAAAAGUUGUGAGUUUAACUACACACUGAUCCCUGAUGAGUGUCUAUAAUAAUAAUAAUACAAUAACCUUAAGGGUACGUUUGGUUGGAGGUAAUCUUGUAUGCAUGUCGGAAUCUGAUGUUCGG